CAGGAAUUACUGUUUGAUUUAGUUGAAAUUUCUUGCUAGAGAAAGGUUAGAUUUUAUCACUGAGUUUCUCAAGUAAAAUGUGUGAAAUCUGGUGUUAAAUUUCGUCCACAUUGAUGCAAUCUGUCAAUGCUGGAAGAUAAGAGGAAAAAGCAUUUUUUUUUCUUUUGAUUCUGUAUAUGUUUUGAAAUAUCAAGUUAUUAUUGCUUGAUUUGUUUGAAGUUAUGUGGAGCAGCUUGGUUUUAUGUCUGAUUUUCUUAAGUAUAAUGUGCCUAUAUGUUGUUACUUUUAACUCGAUUGUUGUUGCAAAUUUUGGUUUCUGAGGGAGUUACUUUUAACUGGACUGUUGUUGCGAAUUUUGGUUUCUGAGGGAGUGCUGGAAAUGAGUGGAAAAUACAGUACUGUUUUUGAAGAGAUGAUUGCUAAAUCUGAAGAGGAUCCACAUUUAUUAUCUUGGAAUCAGAGUUUCAUAUGUUGAUUGUUCAUCUCUGUGCUCUCCAGAAGAAUUAGUGUCUACUGCAGAAUAGUAAUUCACCAUGAACUGGAAUCAGCAAACGGAAAUUUAUUACACAAAUGGUGCUAUGCCUUAUAAUUCAAUUGGAAGUUUUAUGGAUUUCUUUGGCGGUGUUACGUAUGACCAUGUUAAUUAUAUAUUUGCCGAUCCUCCCUAUGCUCAGGAGAGUUUAUAUCCAUCCAUCAGCACCAAUCCAUACAAAUUUGGUUAUUCUGAAGCAGGUAGUUUCUCGUAUUAUGAUUAUGAUCGUGAAUAUGUGGUGAAUGAUCAUGUAUCUGGAAUCGAGGAGCAUGAUAGACAUUUAGAGAACCCUUCAACCACCACUGUAAAUGUAGCUGCAAAUGUGCAUAGAGAGGAAAUUUCAGGCUCCAAUUCACUCACUAAUUCUGUGGAAUGUCCCAGGGGUCAAAUUAAUACUCGUGACAGUGAGGUUGUUUGGCAAGAUAAUAUCGACCCUGACAACAUGACCUAUGAGGAAUUACUUGAGUUGGGGGAGGCUGUUGGAACUCAAAGCAGAGGCCUUUCCCAAAAUCAAAUCUCCUUGCUUCCAGUCACAAAGUUUAAGUGUGGCUUUUUCUCAAGAAAGAAAUCAAGAAAGGAAAGGUGUGUGAUCUGCCAGAUGGAGUACAAACGAAAGGAUCGGCAGGUCACACUUCCUUGCAAACAUGUCUAUCAUGCUGGUUGUGGAAGCAAAUGGCUAAGUAUCAACAAAGCUUGCCCAAUUUGCUACACAGAAGUGGUGAUCAAUACAUCAAAGCGGUGAAGCAAAUAACAAGCAUCCUAUUUUUCUUCUUGGUCAAAGCAUUAUCCCUUUCUGUUUUCAUUAUAGAAUCUUAUAUUUCCUGUUCGUUGUGUUACAUUAGAGAAAUAGUUUAGUGGUAAAUAAGCACAUAAAGAAACACCACAUUCGACAGUUUCUUUUAACGAUGGAGCUUUGUACCACGUGUUCUGUUUUACAUAUUCAGCCUUGAUUUCAAAACUUCCAGUGAAAGGAUAUCUAGUUGUACUUUUCA